CAGAAGUGCCUGCUGGGGGAACGCUUUUCCACUCUUCUGGGAACUGUUUCACUUAACAUCGUAAGCUUGUUAUCUGAGGUCAAUGACGCAGGUAUGCUGGUUAGUGAAGCAGGACAACUGCCAUCAACGAAUCAGACUGCCACAUCUAGAAACAGUGGUGAUAGGACGUGGUCCAGAGACCAAAAUAACUGACAAGAAAUGUUCUCGGCAACAAGUACAUCUGAAAGCGGAAUGCAAUAAGGGCUAUGUCAAAGUAAAGCAGAUGGGAAUCAAUCCAACCAGUGUUGACUCAGUAAUUAUUGGGAAAGACCAGGAGGUAAUGCUAAAGCCAGGACAGAUUCUCCACAUUGUGAAUGAACUUUACCCUUACACUGUACAAUUUGUAGAAGAAACUGAGAAACCUGUUUCAGGAGGAGAAAGGAAGAGGAAGAGGCCUUGUGAUGACAAUGAAACUGAUGAGGAAAUUAAAUCAGGAAAGGUGGAAGCAGAGCCCUUGGACUGUUCAGAGGGUACUUCAGCUCUUAAGCCGCCAACCAGCACUAGAUCUGUGCCAGAUCUUCUGAAGGGAGAAAAACCUUCCCACAAAAAGGCAUCCUUUGGACAUUGGAGUCAAGGCUUGACGAUUUCAAUGUAUGACCGUAGAAUGCAGGUUUACAGAGAUGACCGAGUAGUUGUGAUUAAUGAUAAAUUUCCCAAAGCUCAAUACCACUGGCUUGUGUUACCAUGGGACUCCAUUUCCAGUUUGAAGAAUCUAAGCCAAAAACACGUAAAGCUUCUCAGACACAUGCAGACCGUAGGAGGAAAGAUGAUUGAUCGAUGUGUAGAAUCUAAACGCGUGCGGUUUCGAUUGGGUUACCACGCUGUUCCCAGCAUGAACCACUUGCAUCUUCAUGUGAUCAGUCAGGAUUUUGAUUCUCCAUGUCUUAGGAAUAAAAAACACUGGAAUUCCUUCAAUACAGAAUACUUCCUUGAGUCAGAAGAUGUAAUAAACAUGAUCAAGAAACAUGGAAAAGUGAUUAUUCCACAAGGAGUAUCUGACUUUUUGAACUUACCCCUGUGCUGUCAUAUAUGCAAGGAGCAGCAACCCACCAUCCCCCAGCUGAAAGAUCAUCUCAGGAAACAUGGAUCAAAGUGAUUUUAUUGAACAUAAUCACUUUUAAGAAGAGAAUCUGAAGUCCAGGUGUUGGGGGCGGCAAACUCCUGAUACCUUUUCUG